GCAUUUUGGAGUUUAUUAGCCUGGCAGUGGGGCUGGUGAGCAUCCGUGGGGUGGACUCGGGACUCUACCUCGGCAUGAACGAGAGAGGCGAGCUGUAUGGGUCGAAGAAGCUCACACGGGAGUGCGUUUUCCGAGAGCAGUUUGAAGAGAACUGGUACAACACGUACGCCUCCACCCUCUACAAGCACCCCGACUCGGAGAGGCAUUACUACGUGGCUCUGAACAAGGACGGCUCCCCCCGAGAGGGGUACAGGACUAAGAGACAUCAGAAAUUCACUCAUUUUUUACCCAGGCCUGUGGACCCUGCCAAAAUCCCUGCCACGUACAGAGACCUUUUCCACUACAGGUGAUGUUACCUGCAGCUGCCCCGUCACUGUACAUACUUGGGUUCCCAAGCUUUUUCCCAGAGCACUCUAUGAAUAGUCAUUCCAUCGUUCCUGUAAGUGUAGAUGACAUAGGAAAGCACUUCCACUGAAUUCAGACACUGCUGUUCCUCCUUGUUUCAAGCGCGUAUCAAACCUGGGUUAUUUAUGGGGGUGGGGGUAGGGGACGGGAGGGAACCCUACAUAUAAUCUUUCGUUUUCAUUCACUUUCUUUACCGUUGCUACAAGAGAGACCGAAUAUUCAAUCUUAUGGUUGCUUAAAGGAACAAGCAGGCGAGCAAACCUGAUCACCAGGGUGGGGGAAAAAAACAAAUUAAAAAUGAAGAGAAGGAAAGAAAAACUGCUGCAGGUGCUGCUGCUCAGCUGGGGAUGGUUUCCUGCUAAGGAACAGCCUUUCGAAUGGGACCCUGCUUCAGCAGCCUGGGAGUUUGCUACAUGGAUGAUGCGACAUGGACUGGUCCUGACAUGUGGGGGUUUUUCCUGCUGUUGGGGUGGGAAUGGGGUGAGGAACAUUAUUCAGAUGUAAGCAUGGAUACUGUGCAUAAGGACAAAACUAUUUAUAAAAAUGUAUAUGAUAUUUAUUUUAUAUAUUUAUUUAUUUCAAAAUAAUUUUAUUUUUAAUGAGAGAUGCUAUGACCGGAUUUUCAUCAGGAAGAAUAAGGUCCU